CCUCCCCAAAAACGAUAGCGCAAAGUGUUGCAAAAAAUAUGAUUGAUCAAUCGCACGUUGCAAACUAGUCCGCACAAAAUGCCCUCAAUACCAUGGAAUGUGAGCUUAGAAACAGUUGAAAGGAAAUGUCCUAAUGCGGCGCAAUAAAAUCAUUAAAGCUUACCAUCAAUAAACCAAUUGCCGGUGCAGUCAGUGCAAGCUAGCUGCUUUUGCCCGGAGAAGAAGCCAAGCUGGACCACUGCUGGGUUUGUUGUACCACCGAUCAGUAUAAAACCUGUCACCGUUAGGUCGUAAGUGUAUCACUUCUUCACUGCACAGCAACGGCACUUGAACCACUAAACAACACCAUGAAGUCCUUCGAGGUUGGCUUUUGGCUGCUUAUCGUGCUAGCGACAGUCUGCGUUUGCUCUAGCGAGGCGCAACUCCGGGCUCGUCGGGACCUUCGCUACCGCCAGACCGGGGCCUACGCUUACCACUACCGAACGGAUCAGUUUGCCAGUGUGCAGAAGGUACCGGUUGUGCCGGUUGCUUCGGCCCACAUCCAGAACCAGCUGCUGCAUCAGGUGAGGGCGACAAGGCCGGCGCACGUGCUGCACUUCCCUACGCGCCGUCCGAUGCAAGCCGUUGAUCAGCUGCACACGCGCGUCGACAUAGGCGAGCAUCGUCGCCGGGGCACGGGUCCAAUUGUGCCGGUGGUACCGGUAGUGCCCGUGGUUUCCGUGGUGCCUGCUGGAACGGUGGUAGCUCACUCUCAUACCGAGGUGUACCGAAAGUAUCGUUGAACUGGGUUAAUAAAUGAGCGGAUUUUAAAGCCAUCUGA